AAAAUCUUCUGCUUUAUUAUUUUUUAUUUUAAUAAAUUUUUAUUUCUUUGGGGUUUUUUUUGUUCUGGAAAAAUAAAAGAAAAUUAUUACAUUUAAAUAUUCAUAUCGUUAUUAUUAUCUCUUUCAUAUAAAGAUAUAUGGGAAAAGAUGGAGAAAAAAGACACAAAAAUUAUCUUCCAUUUUCGAAGGAAUCUGCCCGUCAAGCGCCUCUAUCACUUGACAACUAUCGCGUAUCGCCCAGUAAAAAGAAUUACUAUACUCAAACUUACCUUUCAAAAAAGCCAUCCAUUCUUUUAGGCUCCUCGGCAAUUCUCAAUCACGCAGCAGUUUCCGCGGAAAAGGAGGAGACCUUCAAAAAUGCUCAAACGAGUCAUUACGAUCAGGACGACACAAACGUGCAAGAAUACCGUGAAUAUAAAAAACAUUCGCUUUCAAACGGUUUAGAAUUUUCCUACAAAAAAUCAUCCAUCGCCACAAGGCAAGUGCCUUCUAUUAUCCCCCGAAAAUCGGUAUUAUCGAAAACCUUUUCCUUUUUAAGGUUUCAUCGGCGCUCCAAAAAUAUACCGCCCCUACCUCCUCCACGCUUCUAUCAUAAUCGUUCUAUUAAUAAUAUAAAUUUCGAACCUCCACCAAAUUCCGACAAAAUAUCUCAAGAAAAAUUACUCCGGAUACCGGAGCAUAUUGGCAAACCCAAUCACCUCUAUCGCGAUCCCCUUAACCAAUCAUCACCGAUUCACAUUUGCCCCAAAUGCGGGUGGCAUUUUCGCCAAAAUAUGCCGCAAAUUCUAGUACCACCCUUGCCAUUGCCACGCUUGAAUAAUAACCCUCCUAAUCAUAAUAUUCCUAAUCGGCGGCUUAUUUGCGGUAAUCGUAUAUUGUUAACCUCAGACACCAUCGUAAACUUCGUCUCCUGCAUGUACCCGUUAAAUUUCGCCCUAUAUCAUUUUUCAUCGCCUAACGAUAUUAAUGAUAUAAUCGAUUUUUCUUCCGUCACUGAUUCCUCCUUGGAAGAAAAUGACGACGAAUCAGAAGAGAACUACAAAAGAAAAAAAAAUAGCAGGAAGCGGAGAGUUCGAAAAUCAUUAAUUGUGACAUUUUAUUCUAUUUUAUGCCCAUGCGCAUUACUAUACUGGCCUUUAAAAUUAAUUGAGGCGAUAUACAAAGCCGCCCGACGUAAAUUAACGGCCAUGAAAAUAGCCCGUAACAAUGGGACUUGCCCUUAUCAUUAUUCCAAUUAGUCGACAAUUUUCAAAAACAGAAUUCUGGCAUAUGCGUUUUGAAUAUUUGACAAACAAAUAUGUAUUAGGAAUUGUUAUUAAAAAACUCACUCAAAAAAUCCCUCUUCGUCAAUCGUCAAUAUCACGUCAAAUUUUUUAUUUUUGUAUAAACUUAUUAAUAUUUUUGUAAAAUAAAACACCCAUUUAUUUAUCAGUAUUUUAU